UCCUUCAUUUUGGGAAAACACACAAACAAAACCAAAACCAUUAUUCUCUUCAUCUCAUUCUCUAUUCAUCAAAUGUCUUCUAUUUCUCUUCAGUUUACCCCUUUCUUUUCCCCUUCUCUGCACCAGGGUCGUCAUUUCUACAAGCCCCUCCGGCUCAACCCUCUUCUUCUCCCACCCCCGAAACCACCCGGAUACCUCGCUAUCGUCCGAUCACUACAACGAGAUACGGAGCUUCUGCCACUGCCACCACCGCCCCAAAAACAAACUGACCGUUUGGCGAAAUUUGUUUCGACCGCCGCGGGGCUGUUCCCUCUUUAUAUAACAAGUGGUGGCAUUGUCGCUUGCAUGAAACCGUCGACGUUCUCGUGGUUCGUGCAGAGAGGGCCGGGUUCCUAUAGCUUGGCUCUUAGUUUGGUUAUGUUGGCCAUGGGACUCACUCUUGAGCUUAAGGAUUUGUUCAAUCUCUUCAUGCAGAGGCCACUUUCUAUAUUAUAUUUAUGUGUAGCUCAGUACACAAUUAUGCCGGUGGUGGGAGCAGCGAUCGGAAAGUUUCUUGGGUUAGCGCCAGCGCUUUCCGUGGGAUUGAUCUUGCUUGGAUGUUGUCCGGGGGGGAUCGCUUCGAGUGUGGUAACUUUAAUUGCUAGAGGGGAUGUUCCUUUGUCUAUUAUAAUGACAGUAUGCACCACUCUCCAAGCUGUAGUUCUCACUCCCUUUCUCACUAGAACAUUGGUCGGUGCUUCCAUUCCCGUCGACGCUAUAAAGCUCUCGCUCAGUACUCUUCAGGUGGUGGUAGUUCCUAUUUUGAUAGGUUCUUACUUACAGAAAACUUGCCCUGGGGUGGUGAAAAGAAUCAUACCAUUUUCACCACUUUUUGCAGUAUUAACUUCCUCACUCCUUGCUUGCAGUGUCUUCUCAGAAAAUAUAGUUCGUUUCAAAUCGUCACUUGUUAGUUCAUCGUUGAGCUUCGACGCAUCUCCAUGGAUUGCCAUAAAAACGAUGUUGUCUGAAGAGCUGGGAAUUGUAAUACUUGCAGUGUUUUCAUUACACCUUGCUGGUUUCGUCGUGGGCUACACGAUAGCCGCCAUCGGAGGGUUUCGAGAACGAGAACGAAGAGCUAUAUCCCUUGAGGUAGGGAUGCAGAAUUCAUCAUUGGGAGUAGUUUUGGCAACAGCACAUUUCAGUUCAGCAAUGGUGGCAUUGCCAGCAGCAAUGUCAGCUGUGAUAAUGAACAUGAUGGGAAGCAGUCUUGGAUCUUUUUGGAGAAAUAUUGAGCCUUCUGCUCACUAAAAACAAGAAUUCAAUUAUUAAAUCAAGUUGGAAUAAAAAACUUGACAUACCAAUUUGAGGAAGGGAAACCCAGCCCUUACUAAAAGCUUUAACUUAUAGGCUUCUACAAAAAGCAAGUUGAAAGGUAGGGCUUUACAUCGGACAUUGAUCUGAUUGAUGAUCAUAAUUUGACGGCUGUUUUCAUUCAUCAGGGUGGGCUGGAACUGACAUCCAUGGCUACAAAACUGCAGGCCUCUCCUUUCUCAUCUAAUUACAUCUCUCCCUUGUUUUUUCGUUUCUUCUUUCUCUUCUAAUUUUGGUUCAUGAACUUUCAAUAAGGCUUAAGGAAGUGUUUGGAGUUCUUGGAUCCACCAAUUGAUUAUUAUAGUUUGUGGAUUAUAAUAAAAAAUGUUGGUAAGAAAAUAAGAAAAGUUAAUCAUAA